CAAUAGGAAUGAUUCUUAUAUUGGCCGUGUCCUGCAUGCCAAAUUCCUGCGAGUCAAAGCCGACGAGGGAAUGAAAAGCAUCGACCAGUCAACAUGAUGAUGACUCGCAACCAACAAACGUAACAGUCCAAGUUUGAGCAGGAUGCCGUCAGCAGAUGUGCGCAAGGAUUUCCUCCUUGGCAGCUGCGCCUCCUUCUUUGACAUUCCGUCUGGAGACGGAGUCAUCUCUCAUCUCUUCAAUGCCAGGGAGUUGAACACAUUCCUUGACGAUGCUAGCUGCUCAGUGCUGUCAGCUAAAGUCAACAGUCUUGGGAACGAAAGAAAAGUGCAUCUUAGCAACAAAGUUGAUCCAAGUGAGACAGACGAGAAAGUUCUAAGCUUCUUCAAAGUCCGGCCAAGUGUCAUAUCUCAAGACAAUGUGCAUUCAGACAUCUUUUGUCUGUCUAUGUUGGAUUCGCCAUGCAGUGCCUUAUACCAUGCUGUGGACAAGGUGUAUGUCCCGUUGCUGAUUAAAGAUGAGAAAUGGAGUCGCACAAUGGAUCCCAAGCUGCAGAGCUUACUUACUGAAUUUCAGGCUGGAUUACAGAGUCUAGUCAGGAAGAUUGACCCUUCACAGGCUGGAAAAGUGGUCAGAGAUGACAAUCAUUUUGCAGGUAUCCUGACUCCCAGUGAUGAGUUCCAGUACUGGGCAGAGGUCGCCAUCUCAGGUACCAAGCUAGAAACCAAAGAACGGGCCCAGCUGUUCCAGCAGUACUUUGAACCAAUCCUCAAGGAUUACAGUAACCUGGAUGUGCUAUCAUUGGCUGAGGGGUUGGACCUAGUAGAGACAACACAAGAUGCCUUGGAUGAUGUGUGGAAACAGGGAGAGUUUGAUCCUUAUCCAGAGAAGAGAAUGAAACAUCUUAUGGAAGUUAUCGGGAGUUCCCUAGGUCGGUACGCCCAGCGUCAACUCAGUGACUUCAAGCUAUGGGAUGACCCCUUCCAUCGAGUCAAGGCAUCCUUGACGCAGGCCGUCGCUAUCUGUGAUAGAUGGGUGGCAGCCUGUGAGAGACUGACUGAUCAGUUCUGGAAGAGAGAUCCUAUCCAUCCAUGGAAGAGCUCCAAGUUUGCACCAGAGAGUCUGGUUCAGCUAUCAGCAAGGCUACAGGAGAUUUUAACCCUACGGACUGUCCAUGAGCAAUUGGUCCGUCUCCUUUCCACCGGUGAGCAACAUGAACUCAGGACAGCAGAUGCAUUCUCCACCUUCAAGGGACUGAACGCGUUACAAUACAACCCUUACACUGAGCCUAUGUGGAGGGCAGCAGUCACACAGUAUCACAGAGCAAUGGCACCAGCAGAGCAGCGUAUCGCCGGUAAGCUACGAUCCCAGCUGAGAAAGCUUGAAGCAAGUCCUCAGCAGUUACUAAGAGAAUUCCUGAGGAACAAGGAGCUAGUGAGCAGAGAGGGUGUAUGCAAGGAACUUGUGUCUGAGAGGGAGACUCUUCUAGGUCAGCUACAGGUGUACCUGAAAACAAUUAAAGAUGAUUUCAAUACCCGCAUCAGUGAAACCGGCCCUCCAACGGGCAAGAAUCUACCAGAGGUUGUCAAUAAUAUCGUCUGGGUUAGACAGCUUGAAGCAAAGGUUGAGGAGACAUCAAGUGUAGCAGAAGCCCUCCUGAAGGAUCUGCCAGGAUUCAGUAAGUUUAGGAGGACCGCAGCUGACUUGGUAGAUGAGCUACGGAAUUGGCGGCAGGAUCAGUUUGAUAGCUGGUCACGUGAGAUGCAAGCGGCCAUUGAAGACCCCAAUAAGCCUCUCAGUCUGCAGAUGAGCGGCCGUCUGAUGGAAUUUGACACUAAGAACCAAGAAUUGAAAGUAUCAUACAGCGAGCGUCUAGUGACACUCAUACGAGAGGUCAGACAGUUACAAGCAUUAGGAUUCCCUGUAGCGGCUAAGAUACAACACACGGCAGCGAUUGCGCAGAAGUUCUACAAACAUGGAGUGAUCCUCAAACAGGUGGCUCACUUCCACAACACCAUCGCUGAGCAGAUGAUACCCAGCCAGCGCAACAUGAUGCUGCAAUCAGCCCUGGCCUUUGAGCGCAUGAUCAAGAAACCCAAGACAGGUGCCAAGGAUGGAGGAGGGGGUAAGGUGCAGAUCACAUGGGAUAAUCCUGAGGAAUUGGAGGCCUACAUCGUCAAGCUACAAGCUGCUGCCGAGAAACUGACGACCGAGAAUAGAAGACUGAGGAAGUGGCAUUUCACAGUCUGUGAUAAGGUGGUGCAGCUAAUGUCAGUAGACCUUCUUCGUCAGCAACCACGCUGGAAGGAAGGCUUGCAGCAGAUCCGUGGUAUCAUGAGCACCUUAGAGAGUCAAGGAUACAAGAAAGAAGACAUGACGAGUUGGAAGAUGCAUUGGGAUCAGCAGCUGUAUAAAGCCUUAGAGCAUCAGUAUCAGAUGGGUCUGGAAGCACUCAAUGAAAACCUGCCUGAGAUUAAGGUGGAACUCGUCUACAGACAGCAACGUCUUCAGUUCCGGCCACCAUUAGAAGAGAUCCGAGCCAAGUAUUACCGUGAGAUGAAGAAGUUCAUCAGUCUGCCUUACCAUUUCCGUGGCUUGGCUGAUGCGGGAGAUAACGCCAUCUUCCCUGCUCUCAUUGAGAAACAUGCAUCAGGAUUCUCCACUGUUUAUAAGAAGGCAGAGGAUCUCUUCGGGAGAUUAGCUGAUGUCAAGAAUAUCUUCACGGAAUGGGUGGUGUUGGGAUCAGUGGAUCUUGAUAAGCUGAUAGAAGACAACCUACAAACACCUGCUGAUUGGGAAAGGAACUUCAAGUCUCUGAAGGCAAGAGGUAGAGACAGCGAGAAGCUACCGAGCCAAAUCAAAGUGGACUGCAUCACAGUCUCAACCGCACCAGUCAAGACCACCAUAGACAGCCUCAUCCAGCGCCUCUUUGAUGCUCUCCUAUACUCCUUGAGAUACUCCAUCACUGAACACAUCAAUGAGAUUGACCGUUUCGUCAAAGAUUCCAUGGAGGCAUUGUCUACGAGACCACAGACCGUGGAGGAGAUUGGAAAGGCUAACACUAAACAUGCUGAGCUACAGACCAAGAAACCAGCGAUCAAGCCUUUGUUUGAGAAGAUAGAGAGCAAGAAUAAACUCCUGCGCACCGUGUCAGGAGGAGGUGUGGACCAGCUGGGUCAGCUGCAUGCCAAAUGGGACAAGUUUGAACUCAUGAUGGAGAGCCAUGAACUCAUGGUCAGAGAACAGGUUGAGGUUAUGAAGAGCAACGUGGAGUCAAGAGUAGAAGCCUUCCGUGCAGAUCUGGAGAAGUAUGCAGCUCGCUGGCAUCAAUUCAAACCCAAGACAGACAUCAUUGAGGCAGGAGACAGAGACUCAUGCUUCAAGGCAUUGGCUACUGUCAAGGAGAAGAAACAAGAAUUUGAAGAACUGGAGAAGACAAGGGAAAGCUUAGUAUUUGACUGCCACCACUUUGGUCUGGAUGAGCCACACUUUGCAAUAUCUGAGGAGCUGAAGGAAGAUUUCCAGCAGCAUGAAGCCAUGUGGAUGCUGUAUGAAGAGUUCAGUAAUGGACUCAAAGGAUUGGAAGAGACUGAAUGGAUUGUAUUCAGGUCCAAGACCUAUCAAUUUGAUGAUUUCUUGGCGAUGUGGGCUGAGAAGCUUCGAAGUGAAGACAUUGAGCACACCAUGAUGACAGUCAGACUGACCAAAGAUGUGGAUAAAUACAAGGCGGUUUCACCCAUGCUGAAGUACGUCAGCAGUGACGUAUACUCACAGGAGCAUUGGCAUGAUAUGUUCCGUAUGCUCAAGAUGCCACGCGGCAUGACACUGGAGAAACUCACCUUUGGUGAUAUCCUGGGAGCGGCAGAUCAGAUCAUCGCUAACAGUCAAGGUCUUAAGGACUUGUUUAACCGAGCCAAGGGAGAGGUGUCCAUCCGUGAUGCUUUGAGAGAGCUUGACCUGUGGGGUGUGGGGGCAGUCUUUGCUCUGACUGAGUACAGUGACAGUCAGUCAGUGGUCAUCAUGCUCAUCAAGGACUGGAAGGAGAUAGUCACAGAGGUUGGAGACAACCAGAGCCUUCUGCAGUCCCUCAAGGAUUCUCCAUACUACAAGGGCUUUGCAGACAAGGCCACCAUCUGGGAGCAGAGAUUGGCUGACCUGGAUGAAUUCCUACAUAACUUGAAUCAGAUCCAACGGAAGUGGGUGUAUCUGGAACCCAUCUUUGGCCGAGGGGCUUUGCCUAAGGAACAGGGGCGCUUCAAGAGGGUUGAUGAUGAUUUCAGGAGCAUCACGAUGGAUGUUGCUCGUGAUAAUCGAGUGCUUUCCUUGGUUGGUAGGCCAGGGUUGAGAAACACGCUGGUGACUCUACUAGAUCAGCUGCAGAGAUGCCAAAAAGCUCUCAACGAAUUCCUCGAGGAGAAACGUUCCGUCUUCCCUCGCUUCUACUUCAUCGGUGACGAUGAUCUACUUGAGAUCCUUGGCCAAUCUACCAACCCAGUGGUCAUUCAGACGCAUCUUAAGAAGCUGUUUGCUGGCAUCCACAGCGUGGAGUUUGAUGAAGGGAAUAAGAACAUCUUAGCCAUGAAGUCACUGGAAGGAGAAGUGGUACCACUCAAGAGCCCUGUGCAGAUUACACCUGAUGUUGAGAUAUGGCUUGGUGAGUUAGCUCGUGAGAUGAAGGAGACUUUACAGCAGUUACUGGCAGAAUGUCUGCGAGCUCAGAGAGGGGGUCAAAGACAAGGUGUUGACCCUAACAAAUUCCCCUCCCAGAUCCUGUGUCUAGCCAACGAGAUUCAAUUCACAGAGCAGUGUGAGACAGCCAUGAAGGAGAACAGUCUACAAGAAUGCCUGAUAGAACUAGAAGCCCAGCUGGAAGGCUAUACAUCGGCAGAUAUACAGGGAGACAGUGAGAAUGACCAGGCGAUGCAUGUACUGGAGCUCAAACUCAAGGCUCUGAUCUUAGAUAACAUCCACUUCAUUGACGUGGUUCAGCAACUGAUUAAAGAUAACAUCAUGAGUACUGAGGAAUGGAUGUGGCAGAAACAGCUCAGGUUCUAUCAAGCUGAUAAAGGCAGUGCUAUCAUGAGGAUGGUGGAUGCUGAGUUCCAAUAUACAUUUGAGUAUCAAGGCAAUGCUUCCAAGUUGGUGCACACCCCUCUAACAGACAAGUGUUACCUGACCCUAACCCAAGGCAUGCAUAUGGGUAUGGGAGGUAACCCCUAUGGACCAGCAGGGACAGGCAAGACUGAGUCAGUCAAGGCGCUGGGUGGUUUGUUUGGUAGACAGGUGCUGGUCUUCAACUGUGAUGAGGGUAUUGAUGUGAAGUCCAUGGGUCGUAUCUUCAUUGGUCUAGUCAAGUGUGGAGCCUGGGGUUGCUUUGAUGAGUUCAAUCGUCUUGAGGAGGCGGUACUGUCUGCUGUGUCUAUGCAGAUCCAAACCAUACAGGCUGCGCUGAAGAGCAAGAAGGCCAACUGUGAACUACUGGACAGAACGAUUGACAUUGACCCUAAUUCUGGCAUCUUCAUCACCCUGAACCCGGCCGGUAAGGGUUACGGUGGUCGUCAGAAGCUACCAGACAAUCUCAAGCAGCUCUUCCGACCCGUGGCCAUGUCUCGUCCUGAUAAUGAACAGAUUGCUGAGGUCAUUCUCUUCUCAGAAGGCUUCAAAGAAGGCAAGAGUCUUGGCCGUAAGCUGGUGGCCAUCUUCAACCUCUCAAAGGAGUUACUGACCCCACAGCAGCAUUAUGACUGGGGUCUGCGAGCCCUCAAGACUGUCCUCAGAGGAUCUGGCAACCUGCUGCAGAUUGCAAGACGACAACAAGCAAAUGGCAAUAGUAAUGGUAAGAUUGAUGAGAGCAAGUUGGUGGUUCAAGCUCUGCGUGUCAACACUCUGUCCAAGCUAACCUUCUCAGACAGCAGUCGAUUUGACUCCUUGGUCAAGGACGUCUUCCCUGGUGUAGAACUCAAGGAUAUUGAGUAUGAGAAACUUGCUGAGAGUCUGAGAGAAGUCUGCAAGGAGACUAACCUGGUCAUUAUGGAAACACAGAUCAAGAAGGCUUUGGAGUUAUAUGAGCAGCUACGUCAGCGUAUGGGUGUAGUCAUCGUAGGUCCCAGUGGCUCAGGCAAAUCUACAACCUGGCAGCUGUUGAGAUCAGGAUUGAACAAGACAGGACAAGUGGUCAAACAGUACACCAUGAACCCCAAAGCUAUGCCUAGAACCCAGUUGCUUGGUCAGAUUGACAUGGACACCAGGGAAUGGUCAGACGGUGUGUUGACAUACAGCGCUAGGCAGGUGGUCAGGGAACCAAUAGAGAUUCAAUCUUGGAUCAUCUGUGAUGGUGACAUUGAUCCUGAGUGGAUUGAAUCGCUCAACUCUGUCCUGGAUGAUAACCGUCUCCUUACCAUGCCGUCUGGAGAGAGAAUACAAUUUGGACCUAACGUCAACUUCCUGUUUGAGACGCAUGACUUGAGCUGUGCAUCCCCUGCGACCAUCUCACGUAUGGGAAUGAUAUUCAUGAGUGAUGAAGACACCCAAAUCAAGGACCUCGUUGAAUCCUGGUUGAACAAACUCCCCCAAGAACGACGCUCGGCACUCCACGCCUGGAUUGACAAAUUCUUCUACAAAGCCUUCGAGUGGGUUCUGGCCAAAACCAGUGACUUUGUAGUGGAUACUAGUCAGGUGGGCGUGGUCAUGAAUGGCUUGUCUCAUCUGCGGGGGGCACAGGAUGAGGCGGACUUUGCUGUCUGCUUGAUCAGAGGACUAGGAGGCAACUUGAAGGAAACAACCAGGCAGAAUUUUGCCAAGGAGGUGUUCCACUGGGUCCAUGAGAAUCCACCAGACCCACGCAGACCUCUAGAUACAUACUAUGAUGCUGGCAGUAGACGACUCAUGAACUACGUAGUCGAGGACAAUGAUGAGCUUACAGCAGCUGACUUCAACAAGCCUAGCUCUCUACCUGUCAUCCGUACGGCUAACGUCCAGAUGUGUCUGGAUUACUUUGCUCCUUGGCUGGACCCUGAACAUAGACAGCCGUUUAUUCUGGUUGGACCUGAUGGAUGUGGCAAAGGCAUGAUCCUGCGGCAUUGCUUUGCCAACCUACGUUCCACCCAGAUAGCUACCAUCCAUUGCAGUGCCCAGACCUCCCCUACUCACAUCCUACAGAAGCUACAGCAGACCUGUAUGGUACUAAGUACCAAUACCGGCCGUGUCUAUCGACCCAAAGACUGUGAGACAUUGGUUCUAUAUCUCAAGGAUCUAAACCUGCCCAAGCCGGAUAAAUGGGGGACAUGUCAGCUGAUUGCAUUCUUACAACAGGUCUUAACCUACAAGGGUUUCUAUGACAAUAACCUUGAAUGGGUAGGCCUUGAUGGUGUUCAGAUUGUUGCUAGUAUGAAUGCUGCACACACUGUAGGACGACAUCAACUCACCUCACGAUUCACAUCAAUCGUCCGCAUCUGCUCAAUCAGCUAUGCUGAUCAAGAUCAGUUACAAGCCAUCUACAGUGCUUACCUGAAGGCUGUCAUCCAUACACGCCUGCCAUCACACCCAGUCUGGGGAUCAGUGUCUAGGGUCAGUCAGCUGGCAAGGUCCAUGCUACAAGUCUAUGAACAGACGCGUGCUAAAUUCUCCAUCGAUGAGCACAGUCACUACCUAUUCACCCCUCGUGACUUGACUCAGUGGAUCCUAGGUCUCCUGCGCUAUGACCUGACUGCCACCUCCUCAUCCUCAGACAGCACCAGUGAUCAUGUCAUAGAGGUCUGGGCUUAUGAGGCAGCUCGUCUGUUCAGAGAUAGACUAGUCAGUGAGGAGGCACGCAGUCGCUUUGAUUCCAUUCUGCUGGGAGUUCUGCAAUCAGACUGGAAUGCUGGUCAUAUCUUGCAGAACAUGUCUGGUGUAUACUAUGUGACGUGGGGAGCCAGAGCAGAAGCAGGUGCAGCAGGAGGUCCAUUACCUCCAGUGGGUAAAUCUCUGGGUAGACUCAGCUCAUCUGACCUCAAAGAGGUCAUCAAGAGGGCAAAGGUCACAUAUGCCCGUGAGAAUCGUGACAUGAACAUCCAGAUCUUCCGUGAAGUCUUGGAGUACGUAGCUCAUGUUGAUCGCAUCUUAUCUCAGCCUGGUGGAUCACUACUCAUGGCUGGAUGUAGCGGGGUAGGACGUCGUACGGCAGUCACCCUAGUUGCUCACUGCCAUCGUAUGGAGCUAUUCACUCCCAAGAUGUCUAGGAAUUACAGCAUGAAACAGUUCAAGAAUGAUCUUAAAGGGGUGAUGCAGUUAGCAGGUGUGGAAGGCCAACAGGUGGCUCUCCUCCUUGAGGACCAUCACUUCACUCAUCCUCAGUUCCUAGAACUCAUCAACAGUCUACUAUCAGCUGGAGAAAUCCCUGGUUUAUACUCACCAGAGGAGUUGGAACCACUGCUGGCUCCAAUCAGAGAUCAAGCCUCCGAUGAGGGAUUCAGGGGCACUCUGGCUAGCUACUUUGCCUCACGCAUCCAUAUCAACCUUCACAUCAUACUGAUCAUGGACUGCAAGAAUUCCUCCUUCACCAUGAACUGUCAGAGCAACCCAGCAUUGUACAAGAAAUGCUCCGUGCAGUGGAUGGAAGGGUGGAGCAAAGACAGCAUGAAAGAAUUGCCCAAGAUGCUUCUGAGAGGUCAACCCUCUGACAGUGACAAGAAAGACAAGAGCAAAGACAGCAAACGUCAUCGUAGGUUUUCUGGCGGCGAUGAGCUCAUCAAGUCAUUCCUUCAGAUCCAUCGCUCAGCAUCAGCCAGAGACUCCACGCCACGGCGUUAUGUCACAUUCCUCCAUACUUACAUGUCUGUGUAUCAGAAGAAGAAGGCAGGAGUCGAACUCAGACAAAAACACUUGCAGGCUGGUGUGUCUAAGCUGAAUGAAGCCAAGGCAUUGGUUGCUGAGCUGAACAGCAAAGCAGCAGAGCAGAGCAUCACGCUGGCUGAGAAACAGAAAGAAGCUGAUGAGGCACUCAAGAAGAUCCAGACUAGUAUGGAGAAUGCUGGAGAGCAGAGACGUGAGAUUGAGAUCCUCAAACAGAAGGCAGACGAAGAGAACCAGCAACUAGACAAACGUAAACGCAUCAUCGACGUGGAGCUAGCUGAGAUAGAACCUCAAGUCCAAGCCGCUAAGUCUGCCGUCGGUAGCAUCAAGUCAGAGAGUCUGAGUGAGAUACGAGCAUUGAGGGCACCACCUAACGUCAUCAGAGAUAUCCUAGAGGGAGUACUGAGACUAAUGGGCAUCUUUGAUACGUCUUGGGUUAGCAUGAAGAGCUUUCUUGCCAAGCGUGGUAUCAAGGAGGACAUUGCUAACUUUGAUGCUCGUAAGAUCUCAGCGGAGAUCAGGGCUGGGGUUGAGGAACUUCUGGACAGGAACGGUGCCUCGUUUGAUCCUCAUAAUGCCAAGAGAGCCAGCGUAGUCGCAGCCCCAUUAGCUCAGUGGGUGAAAGCCAACGUGAUGUACUCACAUGCACUGGAGAAAAUAGGCCCUCUAGAGGCAGAACAAAACAAGCUUAAAAAGAAUCUUCAGAAAGCUAUCGGCCGCAUGGAAAAACUCCAGAAGGGUCUUGAAGACGUUGACCGACGCGUUGAGGAAUACAAGAGGAAAUUCCAGAAGCUGAAUGAAGAAGCAACUAAGCUGAAACUAGAAUUGGAGAAAGAACAAGAGACAAUCAGCUCAGCUGAGAAUCUGAUUGGUAAACUGGAUGGAGAGUAUCAGAGAUGGAGCACGCAGGUAACUGAGCUGAAGACGGACCUGGAGACCCUACCCAAGAAGGCUCAGAUCGCUGCUGGAUUCAUCACCUAUCUCUCUUCAGCACCCGAGGAUGAACGUCGCACUAAACUCAACUCCUGGUCUGAGCAAGCUGGGAUGGAGAGAUUUGAUAUGAGACGCUUCCUAAGCACAGAGAGUGAACAGUUGAUCUGGAAGGGUGAAGGGUUGCCGAGUGAUGAUCUCUCCAUGGAAAAUGCUGUCGUCAUCUUACAGAUUAACGACCUCCCCGUUGUGAGUUCCUUGAGACCAUUCUUGGUAGAUCCAUCCUCUCGGGCAACCGAAUGGCUCAAGACACAUCUGAAAGAUGCAAGAUUGGAGGUUGUCAACCAACAGGAUGCUAACUUUAACACUGCCUUGGAGCUGGCGGUACGUUUUGGCAAGACUCUCUUGAUACAAGAGAUGGAUGGAAUUGAACCCAUCCUGUAUCCACUCCUCAGAGCUGAUCUAGUCAGUCAAGGACCCCGUUUUGUGAUUCAGAUCGGAGACAAGGUGAUAGACUACCAUGAGGAUUUCCGUCUGUUCAUGACGACACGAAACCCCAACCCUGAGAUCCCACCUGAUGCUGCAUCCAUCAUCUCUGAGGUUAACUUCACAACCACCAGGGCAGGCUUGACUGGACAGUUAUUAGCCAACACCAUCCAGCAUGAGAAACCAGAGUUGGAGGUUCGUAAGACGGAACUCUUGAAGCAAGAGGAAGAUCUCAAGAUCCAAUUGGCUGAGCUGGAACAAUCACUUCUUGAGACCCUGGCCAAAUCAGAAGGCAACAUCCUAGAGAACAAAGCCCUCUUGGAAUCUCUGAACAAGACUAAAGAGAGCAGUCAGACCAUCUCCAACUCUCUGGGGGAAUCAGUCCAUCUUCAGGCCUCCUUAGAUCAGGAGAGGUCAGCUUACUUACCUCUGGCAGAGAACGGUAGCACCUUGUUCUUUGUCAUCAGUGACCUGGCUAAGCUGAAUAAUAUGUAUCGCUUCAGUCUGGGGGCAUUCUUGAGGCUGUUCCUCAGAGCGUUGGAAGGAAGAACUGAUGGCAGCAGUACAGAGAUGCGUAUUCAGAAGCUGGGUGUCUCCCUACAGAACCUCGUCUAUGAGUACGUCUGUAGGUCACUCUUCAAGGCAGAUAGGCUCAUGUUUGCUCUCCAUCUAGUACAUGGCAUGCAUGCUCAUCACUUCAAGGAAAAUGAAUGGGAGGCUUUCCUUGGUCAGAUAGUCUCUGAUGUCAAGUCUGAUGCUAGCAAGUCAAGAGAUUCUCUGCCCAGCUGGAUAGAUCAAGAUAGAAUCCAAGUUGUCUCCGUCAUAAAGUCCAACUUUCCCCAGUUGUACCAGACCCUGAGCCUGUCUGAUUCCAGUCUGUGGUCCUCAUUCUCAAGAAGCUCUCAGUGUGAGCAGGAAUUCCCUUCAAGUCUGGAAAAGAAGAUCUCACCAUUCCAACAGACAUUGAUUGUUCAAGCACUCCGACCAGACAGAUUGCAGAGCUCCAUGGCCAUGUUUGCUGGUAAAGUUCUCGGCAUGAAGGAGUUAUCUCCACCGACGCUCAACCUGAAGCGUCUGUGUCAGGAGACGGUACCCACCGAGCCAAUCUUAGUCAUCAUAUCGCCUGGUGCUGAUCCAUCCCAAGAAUUACAAGAACUGGCUAAUGAAGUCAUUGGAGCUGAGAAAUAUCACCAGGUUGCCAUGGGUCAGGGUCAGGCAGAUAUUGCUAUGCAGCUGCUCCAUGAUUGCGCUCGUAACGGAGAGUGGCUCUGCUUAAAGAAUCUUCAUCUAGUCACGGCAUGGCUACCGGUACUUGAGAAGGAGCUGAACACCCUUGAGCCUAAUGAGAAGUUCCGUUUAUGGCUGACGGCUGAGAGUCAUCCUAAGUUCCCUACCAUCCUGCUACAGUCUAGUCUCAAGAUCACUUAUGAGGCCCCACCAGGCAUCAAGAAGAACCUUCUGCGUAGCUACGAGUCUUGGUCCCCUGAGUUCAUCUCCAAGGAUAACAACACGAUCCGAGCCCAGGCUUUGUUUGCUUUGGCCUGGUUCCAUGCGGUCUGCCAGGAGAGACGUAACUUCAUCCCGCAAGGAUGGACUAAGUUCUAUGAGUUCUCACUGUCGGAUCUCAGAGCAGGAGCUGACAUCAUCAACAGAUUGGCCACGGGCAAGAGUAAAGAGCUACAAUGGGACUUCAUCCAUGGUCUGUUUGAGAACGCCAUCUAUGGUGGUCGUGUGGAUAACCCCUUUGAUAUGAGAGUCCUGCGCUCCUACUUAUCUCAAUACUUCAACAAGGAUACACUGACUGGUGGAGGAUCAAGAAGAGCUAAGAAGAUUGCUGCUGGAGUCUCAGUGCCUUCCUCAGCGUACUACAGGGACUACACUGACAUGGUCAAGUCGUUCCCUGAGGAUGACAAACCCUCCUACUUUGGCCUACCAGCCAACAUUGAGCGUUCCUCACAGCGUAUCAUCAGUAGUCAGGUUAUCUCACAGCUCAAGAUCCUACGUCGUCUGGAUGAAGCAGCCGUCAAGUUUGAUAUGGAUCGCUGGAACACGGAGCUCGGACCAAUCCUGAACCUGUGGAAAAAACUUAACCAGGGUUCCCAGCUGAUCCAACUGAAACUUCAGCCUCCUAGUGAAAAGUCAGGCAGUUCAGAUAGUCCAGUCACCUCCUUCAUCCAGCUGGAGCGAUAUAACGCUAUCGUGCUGGUACAGUUUGUCCAUUCUACCCUGGCAGCGCUCAGUAAAGUCAUUCGUGGCAGUACACUACUGACCAGUGAAGUGCAGAAGAUGGCUGCUCUGCUGCUCAAACAAGAGACACCCCUAGAUUGGAUGAGUAAAUGGGAUGGUCCAGAAGAUCCCAUACAGUACUUGCGUACAUUAGUGGCCCGUACCACGGCCAUUCAGGGGUGGGUACAGAAGGCAGAGUCCAAGUCCUUGUUGAGUGAAACGCUGGACCUGUCAGAGCUGUUUCAUCCGGAUACAUUCCUGAAUGCAUUGAGACAGCAAACUGCCAGAGAUAUCAAGACAUCUAUGGACAAUCUCAAGUUUGUCUGUCGAUGGGGUGGCAGCAUCUCUGGUGCCAAGCAUCAAGUCAAGAUUGGUGGGCUACAAUUGGAGGGUUGUACAUUUGAUGGCUCUAGGUUGUCUGAGAACCAGAGAGACUCACCCAGUGUCUGCACUGUACCCACAUGCACGGUAGCAUGGGUGCUCAAGGAUUCCAGUGAGCCUUACAGCCCAGAGGAAAGCAUCUCCUUACCGGUCUACUACAGCUCCGACAGAGAGAAGAUUGUGACUUACCUGACUGUGCCAUGUGGAGGAGAUCAAGAUCACUGGGUACAGACUGGGGCUGCUCUAUUCCUGAAAAGUCUGUGAAUUACAUAAGCAGUGUCUUCAUGGGCCUUCAGACCUACGGCUAGGUCUGUGAUUGUGUAGUUGUUGCUGUUGAGAACCCAGACAUAGCCGUUAACAAGGGAUGCGGAUAUGUCCUUAGGCUGUUGAAUACAAUGAUUGCAUCAUGGUGAUGUCAUAUCUGUUUUGAUUUUGUAAUAACUUAAAGUGAAACGCGUGGUCCCAGUACACCGAUAACAAACUUUUUCCCAAACAUUUAGUUAUAAGAUGUGUCAUGAAAUGACAUUUAGACUACAUUUUGGAAGUGUCAAAAGAAUAUCAAUUAAUAAAUUGGAGGAGAUUUGAAGGCUUUUUUUCAUUGCAGAUUAGGAUUAUCGAUUUUUGAGUGAUUAUAUGAAAAUAUGAAAAGACUUCAUAAUUGUCUUGAAAGGUUUUGCAUGUAAAUUUCAGAAGACCAAAGCAAUGUUGUUUUCUUAAGUACAAGUUAUAUCACCAAAGUAGCUUUUGGUUCAAAGUAGUGAGUUGUCAUGGAGUGAAUUUGUUUCUUAAGUGUGCUUAAGAUUAAAAAAAUAUAAAGUAGCAAUUUUCACCAGGGAAAAAAAACUACCAAACUCUUAAAAAUAUUUGUCGAUAAUCAAAUCGGAUCAGGAUGUAAAAAAUCUGAUGUAAAUAGUAAAGUCACUUUGGUUUGAAAGUGCUAUAUCAUUGUAUUUUAUGGCGAGUGUGUGAUCUGUAGUUGAAAUUCAAAGUGGAAUUUGUAUAUAACGAGAUUUAGAGUUUUUUGUAGUGUGUGCUUGGUUAACAGAGUGUAUAUAAUAUAUCACAUUUGAGAGAACAGAAUCUUAUUGAAACAUUUACCCUAAGAUGUUUGUUUUCUUGAUUUAAAGUGAGCGGGUACUGAGUGAUCAGCACUGAAUAUUACAAACACGAGGUUCACAUAGAUUUCUCUUCAUUUGAUAGCAAGACAUUUUUAUUUCAAAACAAGAGUAUAACACCGUCUUUCAGUACUUGCACUUUUAGUUUAUUCAUGGUGAUACAUUAAGUUUUCUUCCGAUGGACAAACUGUGAAAAUAUAAGCCCAAAUAUGUUAAGUAAUGCUAAAGGUCAACAAGAUAAUAUAUUUGUUGAGUACUACAAGAAUUGUUUUCCCAUUUUUUUCCUAGUAUGUACAUGUAUGUUAGAAACUUUGUGAUGAUUGCAUGUUUUUGCCCUACUAUCCAGCUUUCUAUCCAUGUUAAGUUUUUUUCUAGAAAAUGCUUUUUCUAGAUACAUUUAUAUUUAACUUUAGCAAGCUGGUGCAGCCCAAUAUUGCAUUUCUGUUGGUGUAAAUCCCACAAGUGUUAUAUUUUACAGAACUAAAAGAAGACAACUAUAUAAAGUAGUAUAAUAAAUAAACUCUUGAAAAAUAAAAGAAGUUACCAGAAUUAUUAUUUUUUUAACAAACCGUCAAUACUUGUAACUAUAUGGCAUUUUCUGAAAAACACGUAUAGGUUGGAAUGUAGAGACUUUUAAUAAUUUGUGAGUUUUAACCCAUUUGACCACAAAACUUGCAUUAAUUAGCUACUCAUUCUUUUAGAUUCCCUAAGAGUUGAUUUAUCACAUGAGAAAUACCUCCGAUAAAAAAUUUAAUAUAAAUUUAGAGAUGAGCACACAUUUACUACAGGUUUAAAACUUACAAUUUUGUCAUUUAAUUAUAAUUAGGUUUUAUUAAUUAGAUGAUCAUUUUGACAUGAUAUAAGUUUUACAAACAAUUUCACUUAACAAUGUUCUAGUCAUUAACAUUCAUCUUUUAACAUAACAUACACUUUUGCGCUUUGGUAAGUCAAGGUAUUGCAAACUGUUCCCAUUAAACAUAGUCAAGGCUUGUAAAAGAUGAAAGAUCUAAGAUGAUAAAAAAAGAACAUCUGACAACUUUUGAGAUUUUAUCGUUGAAAAAAAAUGAGGUAGACCUUAGCGUGAGUGACAGUCUGGACACAUCGGAAACAGUGCAAAUUACGUAACUUAAUCGAGUUGGAAAAAACACUUUUGUAAGAAUGUAAUAGCAAAUAACAGAAAAUGUGAAGACAUAUAA